ACCGGAAAAGAUGGCCGAAUGGUCGGUUGACGUUGUCUCACUUAACCUCGUUCUAGUAUCCGCUAGGUGCGUGUAAGUCGACUUCGCCCCGUAGUCGUGUGUGGUCGUGUAGGAGUAACAGCGGCUUGGAGGGAGACGGACAGGUGUUUAUCUCUGGCUGAAUUGUGCGGGAUAGUUCGGUGUGAAAGUUUCACGGUAGCAUCGUACGCGCGAUCCGGGAGCAAGGCAGAGAAACAUCGUCCCUCGUAGGUCCGUUUAAUUGGCGAUUGCGCGCACGCGCCACAUCCUCAAUCCGUCCGCGCUCCCUCGUUCUCCUCGUCCCUCUCCUUUUCCGCCCCCUCUCGCUCUGUCCCUCUUGCGCCUCGACACCCGCGCUUCACGCGUGCAAUUGCCGCCAUAGUUGAUGCAUCGUUCGAUAGAAUAUUCAUAGCGGCGCGUUCCGUGACUAGCUAAGCGCAGUCUCGAUCGAGAGGACCGAUCGUGAGACGAGGAUGCGGCUGUGACUUUAGCCAGAGACGAGGUCGAGCGAGACCGAGUGGAGUUGCGUGCGAGCGAGCAAGAGGGAGGCAGAGAAAGAGAAAGAAAGAGCGAGCUCGAGCGCGCGACGACGCGACGCACGGAGAAACGGUGCGCAACGGCGCGACUCCGUUGGACUUUCCAGGAGAGCGGCGCUCAGGCUCGCGGAGUCAACGCGUGGCCACCGUAGUGUCGAGCGGUUAUGUACCGUUAGCACGAAUUUAUUCCAUUGGCCGGCUCGCGGGCGAGAUAUCCACGCUUGCCUACCUACCGACCGAGAAGGAGCGAGUUACUACGUUCGAUCGCAGUCGGCUGUCGUAAAACCCGGAAACGAAGUGCACGUCCCUCUGUUGAACGAGAACUCAUUGCGCGCGCGAGCAAGAGAGAAAGAGAUACAGAGAGCACGCACACACGUACGCAUAUAUACACGCAAAACGAGAAAGAGGCGAACGGGAAAGAGAGAAAGAGACAGGCAGAAGUGAGGAGAGAGAGAAAGAGAGGACGAACGGCAGUGUGCGAGCGCGAAUUUAUCGCGGAGUCACUCUCGAGCUCUCUUGGAGUUUCCGUUAGAGGAAACGCGCGCGCGUGUCUCGUCCACAUACGCCAGCACGUAUGACGUAUGCACCGACAGCGACAGACGCGGCGAGUACAUCGGCCAGCAGCGUUGUGCACGUAGAAAUGAGAAAGUCGUUGCCGUCGCGCUGAGGAUUGGGAACGACGACGCAAGCCAGACGGACGAUUUCCGUACUAAGCGGAGCUACCAGGAGAACGAAGGCGGCGACAGUAGCAGCGGUACGCUGAGCCGAGCGCGCACGGAAAAUCGUUGCUGCUGCUUCUUGGCUUGCUGGUCGGCUCACCUACCUGCACGUACAAGAGUGACGCUGUAAGAUGAAUUUUACACCAUUCACUGGAUUCACGACGCCGGGCACUGUUCAUCAGUUCGCCACGGCGAAAUUCGCACAAAAUCUGACAACUGGUGGGCAGGUUGUUGGAGUAUUAUCCGGUGGUGAAGGUGGAGUCCACUACUUGAGGCCAGUUGACCCGAACGGCUUUGCUGUCGCGCAAAGUGGCAACAAUCAACAACAGCAAAUCAUCACGUUGCCUAUUACCGUGCCGGGUAAAGAUGGCACGCAGCAACAGCAAACAGUUCAGAUACAAGUUGUCAAUCCUAGUGUGUCGCAGGGUGGAAACAGCAGCGACCAACCAAAGUAUCAUUUGGCACCGAUAUCAUUGGGUCAGUUCCCACAAGGGGCAGCUACCGUUCUCACUGUAGCCUACAGUCAACAAGGCGCGGAUGGAGUCCAAAUUCAAGUACAACCGCAAAACACCGUGGCGACUACGCAAACGUCUGAUCAAACGACACAGAGCACAUCUACCGCCGUGACUACUACGUCCCAACAGACUAUCCAGCAAACUGUACAACUACCAGGAGCACCUGAAGGGUUGACCGUAGUCGCGCAGAUUCCACAAGAUUUAAUACUGCGAGAGAGCAUAGAGGAGUCCAAGGAAGAUGUGAAGGAAGGUACAACACCGGUAGCUCUUAUUAAGCGAGGUAGUGUCAAGAGUCAAGGUAAUCAGAGCGGUGAAGAAUUCAUUACCUCUAUGCCUACCAGCUGGCAGAGUCUUGCUGCUGGUUCUGCUCAAGUCGCUGACUAUCUGUCUCGACUGCCUACCAGUACCUUGCCCAUUAGUUUGCAACAUUUUCUCAAAUUCUCCGCGGAGACUAUAAAGCGAGAAGCAACUAUUGAGUCUAGUCCGCUCGGAGCGGAUGGUUUAGACACUUCUGGUGGCGCAACUUCGGGUGAGCAAGCUGUCCAGAUUACAGUGGCUGGGGGAGAAACUGCGAUCAUUCCUGAUGUUGUGGAGGAAGAGCCGGGAACGAAACCGAAACGUAAAAAGAAAUACAAGAAGAAACCUCCAAAGCCAAAAAAACCAAAACCGGGGCAAGUGAGCAUAGUUACCGCUCUGGACGGCACAACUCUGUUUUGCUGCCCUCAAUGUAAUAUGGCAUAUCCAGAGAAGGAGAGCCUGGAGCAGCAUCUGAUUGGACACAAGAUUGAAAGGCGAUUCAUCUGCGACAUUUGCGGCGCUGGUCUUAAACGGAAGGAACAUUUGGAACGGCACAAGUUGGGCCAUAAUCCUGACAGACCCUUCAUCUGUUCCGUUUGCAUGAAAGGUUUCAAACGAAAAGAACACUUGAAUCUUCAUUUCGUCAUACAUUCUGGACAAAAAACUGAGGUCUGCACCGAGUGUGGUAAAGCGUUUUAUCGCAAGGAUCACCUGAGGAAGCACGCGAGAUCGCACCUCGCCAAGCGUGCCAAGGAAGAUCCAUUAAACACAAGUGACUCCUCGCAAAAUCAACAGACAGACCAACAGCAACAGCAAGUGGAGCAAUUGCAGCAGCAAUCCUCGGUGCCCGAGUUGCAGCAAAUCCAGAUACAAGUAGGACAAGGAUCUCAGGCGCAGAUUCAUCAGAUCUCCGUUAGCGAGCAAUCCACCGUAGUUUUGCCUACAGCCGCUGAAACUGGAGCUAUGACUUUGCUUCAUCAUCAACAACAGCAGCAACAACAGCAACAACAGUCGCAGCAGCAGCAGCAUUAGCAACAGCAUACCGCCCCGACUCAAUUCGGGCGGUAUUUUCGUUUCAAUCAUCAACAAGCUAGAGGACGUGCAAAACCUGGCGUACUCGUUGAUUAAGUUCUUCUUCUGAGCAAUAGGCAAAUUGAUGUAACUUAACUUAAUGCAAGUUCCGGUAGUCAUCACUGUUGCCUAGUUGAUGAUUUUACGAACCCUCUCCAUUUUAAAACGCCUCCGUUCCUUUGAAGUAAAUGACAUUAUUGUCCUUUGUUCGUCGACAAGCCAAUUGGAAUUUUUGAAUCUACGCACGCCGCUGGCUUGUAUAAUUUUUUUUAGCUAAACAUAUAGCUCAACAAUGGCGUGUAACUACUCCAUAAGUUGCGGUGUCAUUCUGAGCUGUACCGAUGAAAUUCGUUCGUUACACGAUAUAUACGAGUUUCUCUUUAACGUACACGUUGUAGCGUACGUGGAAAGAAGCGACAGCAUCCGCUCGCCUCGGACAUAACGUUUUUCGUCGCUAAUCCAGUUCCAUGACGCAAGUUAGAGAUAAAUGAAAAAGUUUAUAUAAAUAUAUAAAUAUAAAAAAUAUAUUUUUGAAAGCGCGGACUGGAUUCGCCGGAGGUGAGAAGGCAAUCGAGUUUUGGGCUGAAAAUAAUUCGCUUCUACCGAUAGUAAAAUACGUAAACGGAAGGAAAAGUUAACGGGAAAGAAAAACUAUGGAAAGGGAGGAGAGUUGUAAAUACGGGGCGCGGCUUUUCACCCCCCUGACGAGAGUAGAACAUUUUGUCGUACGAAUACUAGCGCAGGGUGGAUAUUAUUUAUUUCUCUUGUACAACACAAUCGCGUGACCCAAAUGAGAAAAAUUCAUCGGUGAAUCAUCAUGUUUAGUCUAAUCAUUUUUUUUUUUUAAGAAUAUAUCGAUGCAUGUGCUUAUAUUUUUGUAUAAUUUCGAUCAUUGUGUAAUGCUUGUAUGCAGGGUGUUUCAGAGAGAAAGAAAAAAAAGAGAGAUUGUCAAAGGCAGGUGCGUACUCUAUUCGUUACAAGGAUGAAGACAAUGCGUAUGCGAAUCCAUAACUGACUGAUCAAGCGACAUAAUAGCAGAAAUCGCGCGAUCACUAAAAGAUUCUCUAAGAAUAUCUACCUGAAAUUUGGCCACCUACUUUAGAAGCACCCUGUGUUCCUCUCGCAGACACCAAAUAUCGACAAUUUGGUCGAGCGAUCCAGUUCAUAAGAAAAUUGUGUCAAACAUUUAUUAAAGAACGCAAGAUCGUGAGAUAAUCACAUCGGAUAAGAAGCAGAUAUCGCGUUUAACAUGUAUACUGCCAAGUUUGACAUGUGACGCGGCAAUAACUAUUCGUUCCGGUGAUAUUUGUUAAACACGAUGACGAGAAUGGCGUUAACUUUUUAGAUAUAAAAUGGUCGAAACAUACUGUAUAUGGAAACUUGUGCAUUUACGUUAUAUUUAAAUCGUAAACAAUACAGAUAGGACGUUCACGAAUAGUAAUUAUUUCACGAUCCAAUAAGGCUUUAUCGAUUUGUGUUUUACUCGGUUGGUUCGUAGUGGUUGAAGGAGAGGUCGAUGCAUGUUCCUAUCACGUAUGUGAUGUGGAUAAAAAGGGCGUUGAAUAAUGAAUGGAUAAUUAACCAAAUCGACCGAUCGCGAUUCACCUGAUAAAAAAAAAGCUCUUUCAUAAAGAUGUAUGUAUACAACAAAUUCUUACAGUAUCGCAAUUAAAGGCAAUGGGUAUAAUUGUACAAGAAAUAUUAUUAUUUUAUUAUUAUAAUAUUAUAGUGCUAUAAUUAUCGUAGAUAGAUUAGUACAUAAGUCAUUUUCAUUGUUACUUACAUUAAUACUGCAGAAAAAAAGAACUAAAAUAAAUACAUUUAAUACAAAA